AUGUCUAGGCGAUCGCCUGAGUGCGACUACUCAUACCAGUCGGUGGAAGACGACCACACCAACAAUGCUACAAUCUCGACGUCGCGUACAAAAGGGGAUGCACGGGUGCAAGGCAUCUACUUCAUGCUCGGUUGUGCAGACCUCCUGCCUUGGAACGCGCUGAUCACCGCAACGCCCUACUUCCUUAAGCGCCUUACAGGCUCGUCGCUCCAGCCGACGUUCGUCUCGUAUAUGUCAUGCAUAUUUACUGGCGUCAACGUCAUCGCACUUGCAUACGCCACGUUGACGUCGAAGCAGACAGCGGUUUCUCCUUCGCGCCGCAUUGUGAGCUCGACUGUUGUGCUGGUUAUCCUCAUCGCGCUUCUCUUCAUGACAACUUUCGUCCGCUUUCCCCCUUCAAUCUUCUUCUCUCUCGUACUCUUGAUUACAGUAGGACAGGUAGUGGCCGCCUCCUAUCAUUCUGCCGCCAUCUCUGGAGAGGCAUCACUCUUUGGCGGCCCAUACAUGUCCGCACUGAUAUCUGGACAAGCGGCAGUUGCCGUCGCCGUGAGCGCCCUCCAGCUCGUAAGCUCGGCGUUGUCAGUCUGGGGGACCUCGACGAAUAGUGGACAAGCGUCGACAAUGCUCGAGAAUGAGGCAUUAGACACGGCAGCGGAGAGCGCUGCCCGAGUAUUGUUCGGUAUUUCGGCACUGUUCUUGAUUGCGACUGUCGUUUCGUAUUGUUGGAUGAGGCAGCUCCCAAUCUACAAGUCAACCGUUUCCCCACAACAACAGCAUAGGGGAGAAACGAGCGAGGAAAAUGAAGAACUUCAACGCCUCGUGGGUUCAGAACCUAGCUUCAAACCCUUAUAUGAGCUGGACGAAAUGCAGCGUGUGUUCAAGGCGAAUUUGCCGUACGAGUUCGCCUCCUUGUAUUGUUUCGUCAUCACACUUGCUGUUUUCCCCGUCAUCACCGUCCAAACUCAGAGCACAAAUCCGUCCAUUCACCCUCUAUUGUUCAUGGCCGCACACUUUCUAGUCUUCAACAUUGGUGAUCUUCUGGGUCGCUACGCCUGCUCCAUUCCGCAACUUGUAAUUUGCGUGCAACGUGCAAGGGUUGAGCUCGGUUCUACGACUGAUCCUCUUAUUCCGUCCGACCUUGUGUACAUGAUCAUCCUCCUUUUCUUGGGAAUCUCCAAUGGCUACAUCUCUAGUAGCAGCAUGAUUGGAUGCGCGUCACUAGAGCACAAUCCAAGACUAAAGGGUCGCCGAGAAGAUGUAGAUGUGGCGGCCACAUUGAACAACUUCUGCAUAAUUACAGGGCUUGCUGUCGGAAGCGCAGCCAGCUUUUCUGUACGUGCAAUGCUAUGCGAUUGCAACCCCUUCAAAGGAUAA